GAAUGUAUGACUGAGCCUCUCUGUUCCUGUUCUUCGUUCUUCUUCUUGAGUCAGCAGGUUAAAUAAAGUGGCUUAUUAUGCCAGGGGGGAAAACACACAGCUGCUUCAGCCUCCAGCAGUGAAAGGAUCCAUGAUGCAUGUUAACUUGCAGAACUGAACACUUAAUAGAUGCUUACAUUGAUAGUUUCAGUUCUAUAAGAUUUAACUCAGGGUGUAGUCAGGCAGUUUUUCUCACAUGCCUGCCGACAUGGUAAAUGGGAAGUUGAGAGUAAAUAUUUGAACUUAGCUCAGUAUUUGCUCACAGUUGACAUUUAGGUUGUUUUCCAAAUGUCAAAGAAGAUUUGUUUGAGUAGAAUUUGAGCUUUAUUCAUUUAAUUAACUUACUCACUUUCACAAUAUCACAUUUUAUAAAUGUGUAGUCUGAAAUUCAGACUAUAGAAUAGGAAAUAAGCAAGCACAACUUUCUGAACCAGAAAAGAAAACCAGGGCGAAAAAGCAGUGAGUUGAUUGAGGAGGAAGAUAUGUUGGCCAAGUCAAGUUCAAAAUUAAUCAAAAAAGGCUCCUACUUUGAUUUUUGAUUUUCUACAAAACACACAGUUACAAUAUAGACAGAUAACAGGUGUGUGACAAAGAGGCUGAAGGCAGAGAAGCAAGUAGAUAUGGCAGAGCUUUAGAUUUAUCUCACUAAAAAAAGGGAGAUACCGGUAUCGUCUAAUUGUUCAAAGUGAUUUCCUUUAUGUCUGUAUGUGUGUGGUUUGCUCUUCCUAGCCAGGGGAUAUUACGUGGGAUGGCGGGUGACUUCCACCGCUUGAACCGCCUGCUUCUGAACAAACUGGUAAACUUUGGUAAAUUAACUGUAAAAUGAGAUAAACAGAAAUCUUCAGCAUGCCAUUUCAUGUCUCCUUCACCUUAGAUCUUCCCUAACAUGUAGCCAAAAAGUCAUAUAGUUGAACAUAGCAGAGAAACCAAAAACAGUGUUGUGAAAGAGAUGAUUAAUUCAAAAGUUUUGUGGUAGUGACACAGUUUUAAAAGUUUUAAUGCAAUCUGGAGUCGUUUCCAAUGCGAAGAAUCUGGGUUCAUAAUUAAAUAUAGCAUGAAUUAUUCUUUCAGUACAAGCCAAUAAAAACAGCCAGUGGAUGGUGUACAGGCAGAACAGUUUUUAUGUUUUAGGCUAUAUAUGGAUGUCUUGUGAUCUUGCACAAUCUUUAACAUAAACUUUAAACACGAACCCUCAAAAGAUGUCCCACCCCUCUGUUUUUCCUUCACUUGAAGUGUGUCCUUUCUCACCUGCGUGAGACCAAACACUGCACACCGGUCAUUGUCAGGCAUGUUUUUGUUUUGUGACUUAGUCCUGCUCCCCGCAGCUGCAGAUAAAAAGAACACGUUGUUGAUGUUCGUUCGCUCACCACGACUUUAUUCCUUUUGGCUCAGGUCCUAAACAAGAUACUUCCAAGUUUUCAGGCUAAAGUAGUUUACAUAUCCCAUCGGAUGUUUAGAAAUAGUUCACGAUCACAAAAAGUGGGUGAGAUUUGCUUUGAAGAUCAAACAGAUGAACAGUUUGUGUGCCAAAAGAAACUUCAUAAGAGACGACAUUCUUGAUGUAAACCAAAUAAAUAAUUUUGCAUAUUUUUGACAAGUUAUCAAGGCUUCUUCCAUUGAAAAUCCACCAAAAAUAGGGAUGCAGUGUCUGUUUCGGAUGUGUGACAGUGAACAAAGACGUUGUAGGGAUCUUUUAUAGGCUCCUAUGAAUAUCUUACAAAGCCUUCUCUAGCAAAAUGAGCACCAGGUAAGUUAACAAUCGUUCAAGCAGCUCAUGUUAGAUAUUUAACAUCAAUAUACCAAAUGUGAAGUGUGUCCGUAUAAUGUGGAGGAUAACAGGUGCGGCUGCAGAGGUCAUGGUGUAUCAUUCUUGCAGGACAUAUUUCUGUGCUUACACGCCUCAGACGCUGCUCACUGGUUUGUUCCUCCUGAAGGAACGUGUCUUGUCAUAUUUUUGCCCUUUCCCUUCUCUCACCUUUCCCCUAGAGCGGUGGGACCUCGACCGGUGUCCCCUCUGGAAAAUUCUUGAUGCUGUAGGAUGCUGAGGAAGUGGGCACUACUCAUGUGAUGGGCAUUGCCAUCGGGUUCCUGAUCCCACCCAUCCUUGUGCCUAAUGUGGACGAUGUGAACGAGCUGGCAUACCACAUCAGAAUCAUGUUCUACAUCAGUGCCGGAGUGGCCACCCUCAUCUUUGUCCUCGUUGUCAUCGUGUUCCAGGAGAGACCAGAAAUCCCUCCCACCCAGGCCCAGGCUCAGGCCAGAAGCAUUCCUCCUGACGAAUACUCCUACACGGCUUCCAUUUUGAGGCUGCUUCGCAACAAACCUUUCAUGCUCCUGGUGGUCAGCUAUGGGCUGAACGUCGGCUGCUUCUAUGCUGUUUCCACUCUGUUGAACCGGAUGAUCAUUGAACACUAUCCUGGCGAAGAGGUGAAUGCCGGGAGAAUCGGUCUGACCAUUGUCAUCGCUGGCAUGGUGGGGUCCCUCAUAUGUGGCAUUUGGCUGGACAAGACUAAAACCUACAAACAGACCACCCUGAUCGUGUAUAUCCUCUCUCUGGUUGCGAUGCUGGUGUAUGCCUUCACCCUCAAUCAGGGUCACCUUUGGGUGGUGUUUCUCACAGCUGGACUUUUAGGUCUCUUCAUGACAGGUUACCUGCCUCUGGGCUUUGAGUUUGCAGUAGAGCUCACCUAUCCUGAAUCAGAGGGAACCUCAUCUGGACUUCUCAACUGUUCAGCCCAGAUCUUUGGAAUCAUUUUCACCAUCUCCCAAGGGAAGAUCAUUGAUAACUGGGGCACUUUAGCGGGAAACAUCUUCCUGUGUAUCUUUCUGCUAAUAGGAACAGUAUUAACAGGAUUCAUCAAGUCCGACCUCAGGCGGCAGAAGGCCAACCUACAGGCCGAGGUGCAGACAGUGAGUAAAAUGACAGCUGAUCUAGAAGAAGGAGGCGUCUCUCCUCCUGAGAUCCUGAAAGAAGGGAAGUUAUAAGGAAGGAGGUCCUGCUGGACUGAAGGGAAGACACAUACCUUCCUUCUAUCAAAGCAUCACAAGCUUGACAUCAUAUACAGAUAAAAACAAACAAACAAAAGAACUGACACAUUUCCACACAUACAUGGCCACAGAGUAAAAAAAAGCUGCUGUUAAGAGUUCAGAUCGAGCACAAUACGAACGAGCAGACCUGCUUUACAACAUGAUGUACUGUAAAGACUCUGAUUCACACUAGUAUCCCAAGUGCAACUUAGCUCAUCCAAAAUCAAGCACAAGUCAAUCAUGCACAAGAGGAAUGCACUUGAAACCUCAAAGGUUUUUACAUCCUUAUGUGAAAACAUCUUUAUUCAUUUUAGCCAAUGUGGGCAUUUUAAAUGUAUCAUCAGUGGAACGCAACUGCCACUUUAGUGACUCCAACAUUACUACUGUAACUGAACUUUUUCCUUUUAUCACUUCCCCUUCAAUUAGUGUUAAUGUAGUGUUCUAUGCAGUCUAAUGAGCAAUGUUUAAACUGUGAGUGUUUCCUAAUAAUGGACCAAUAUGGUGUCAGUAUUUACAUUGCUGAAAAGUUUUUAGAAUUUGCUAAAAACAGUGAUGUGUUUUCCUGUCGUGGCAGUCAGGGUUGCCAAACAGAAGCUCAACAAUCAUAUUAUCUCUGCCUGCCAUUCAGGAUCACGUGGGAGUAUUACUCUUGAAUACUGCUGAUUACAAAUAUGAUUGAUGCCGUGCAUCUGAGUACACUUUGGAAGGUCAGUUUUGUCCUUGAUCUCUACAAGAAUCUCGUCAGACACAGGAAGGAAGGAAGGAAGAAAUCUUAUCUGGAUCAACUGGCGAGCGGAUGAGGCAAAUAGAUCUAUUGCACAGUAAUUUUGCACAAAAAUAUGUUUUUAUAUAUAAGACUCUUAGCUUGUAAAUUUGUUACUGAGACAUGUAGUUGAUACUAUGUAACCGGUGUUUGUACAGUUUGUCUUUAACAUGUUUUACUUAAUGUCUUGUGGCUAGUCAUCUGGUGAUUUUCCUGUUUUAUAAUGAUUAUGUGAUUGUGAGAGGUGCUAGUUGUUCCUUCAGGGGCAUUUUAGGAAAAACUGAGUAUUUUUAUGACACUUAAGUAAUAAAAAA